GAAGAAGUUUUCUCGUGAGGUGUCGCAAUGCAAUUCCCGGUGGGUAAAAAGGUAAAAAAGAGGGAAAAACAACUUGAAGAACCAGGUGUCUUCGUUACGCCCGAGUCGACAUUCAAGUCACACGAACUGAAAAAUCCACAUGGUCACCAUCACCAUUAGCAAGCACUCUGCAUGCUCCAUAACAUCGAGGACUAUUUUGUCACGUUGCGGAAGAGACGGCAUAAACUCAUGAGUUAUUUUUCACGCGUCAAUUUUUAAAACACGAUUGUGUUUGGCACGAAAGAGAAAGGGGACACUGUGUGCGAAGAUUCAUUCGCCCAAACGACAAAAGAGUUUCUUUAGGAAGACAAAUAUUGGCGAAGCGUGACGUACAGGCGACACGCGAGGCCUGCCUCAACCCCACAAUUUAAAUCCUCAAAGAAAAAUUCACAGUGAAAUUAUGUCAAGAGUCCAAAUGAAAUUCAAUCAAAUGCAGAUGAAAUGAGAAACGAGGAGUGACUGAAUAUAAACGAAUGAAUCAUGGGAAUUAGCUGAUGGUUUUGGAGAUGAAAAUAAGAAAAUAGGAGAAAGGAAGAAGGCGAGGCAGCUGAAGACGCUGUUGGUCUUGAUUGUUAGUACGAUUCUGCACUGGUGGGGGACAUUGAAGGAAGAAGAAGCGACAUCGCCGUUGGUACGACGGGAAAGCCAAAGUCGGUGAAAGCAAGUAGAGGCGUUCGAAGACACUCCACCGAUAGCCAUUCGUGACAGACGUUGUUAGCAGUCGUGCGGUAUCGUCCAUGUGACAUUACCCGAGGAUUAUCAGUAUUCAGUUGAUAACAGGGUGAUUGAAAAAUGUCUUGAAAGUAUCCACUGACCCCUUACACUGUGACAUUGGAUGAUGACUGAUGGAUUUGGGAUAACAGACUGAGUGCACCGAGUGUAAAUGAUGCUGCCUCGACUAGGCCCCAGGCUCUGCAGUGUCUCAUUGACUUGUCUCUUCAUCAUUCUCUUGAAUAGUUCAGUGAAUAUCGAGGCGAGGGAUGUGUACAGAAACAGUGAUAACAGACUCGAUAGAUUUGCCUACUCGGGAUGGAGUGCGCGGGGGAGUUUCUUUCCGAUAGAGAGACGAGGAAGUUCUGCGACAGAAGAAAUUACGGAGGCCUCUGCCGAGGCAUUCAGACCUCGAAGGCUCGAGAAGAAGGAGAUCCGCCAUGACACUAGGACAAAUCAGAAGUUAAGUCAGGGAAGUCAAACCUCCCGAAGUCACAGGAGGAGUCAGGAGAUGCAAAGCAAGAUGAUGGACGGAGAGCUGACGGGCAGUGAACUGGUGGAUCUCCAGUCAUUCGAUGUGGGGGAUGUCGAGGGUGAGAAGAGCGAAUUGCAAAAGCUUCUGGCCAAUUUGAGAGGUCAGAGUCUUGACGAGUUUGAAGAUGAGUAUGGAACCGACGAGGGAAGAGGACGAAGAGGACGAAGGAGGAAGUUAUCCAGUCAUGAGCAGGGUCUCCUACUCGUUGAAACACUCAGGAAGAAACGUAAUUAUACUGGGAUUGAGGACCACCGGGGCCAUGCAACGCAUCUUCAUAGCGGGAUCAUGGAUAUGCUCGGCAGAAUGAUCCCACAGACGUGCAAGUAUAAGGGAACUAGAUUUGAGUGUGGCCUGAGCAUCAGCUGUGUGCUAGGGGGCGGAAGACCUGUGGAUUUAUGCUCCGGGGGUCUCAUCUGGAGCUGCUGCGUUGAUGAUGAUGACAUUCCGGAGAAGGAACCCGCGAGGCCUAGUGGAGUCGCACUUUUGCAAAAUGCCACAUUCUUGAGCCUGUCGAAUCGCCCUUACGUGGACGACGAUAUCCGGAUCUACGGUAACCAGGGACGGCCCCAACGGCCAAAUUACCAUCAACAUCAUGACACAGCCAUUAACGAGGAUCCAGGAAUUUACGAGCCAACGUAUUCCGCUUGGGAGCAGGAGCGCCCAAACGAGGUGUCGUCAUAUGACAAUCCAUACCUGAAUCGUCCAGAGGCCAGUCACCCCAACAACUACUAUCCAGAUGAUGACUACGAGAUUAAUCGACCCUCACAUCAUGGCUGUGGUGAACUGUACACCAGGAGCAAUAGGAUCGUAGGGGGACACAGCUCGAGCUUCGGCAGUCAUCCGUGGCAGGCGGCGAUAAUCAAGAGCGGAUUUUUGUCAAAGAAAUUGUCCUGUGGAGGAGCCUUGCUCAAUAAUCGAUGGGUCGUGACCGCUGCACAUUGUGUCGCAACGACCCCGAACAAUAAUCUAAAAGUACGAUUGGGCGAGUGGGAUGUGCGGGACGCAGCCGAGAAGUAUCUUCACGAAGAAUACAACAUUGAACGCAAAGAGGUGCAUCCGCAGUACUCACCGACAGACUUCCGGAAUGACGUUGCGUUGGUCAAACUAUCGAGAGCAGUGGCUUUCAAGCAACACAUUGUACCAGUAUGCCUUCCAGCGAGGAAUUUGAAGAUCCAGGGGAGGACGGCUACUGUUGCUGGAUGGGGGAGAACGAGACAUGGGCAGAGCUCCGCACCAACAGUUCUGCAAGAAGUUGAUGUUGAGGUGAUACCUAACGAAAGAUGUCAGAGGUGGUUUAGAGCAGCAGGAAGAAGGGAAACGAUUCACGACGUUUUCCUCUGUGCUGGAUACAAAGAAGGAGGGAGAGAUUCCUGUCAAGGAGACUCUGGUGGACCCCUCACAAUGGCAGUAGAAGGUAGACACGUUCUAAUCGGCCUAGUGUCAUGGGGCAUUGGUUGUGGACGCGAACACCUACCUGGUGUUUACACGAAUAUUCAAAAAUUCGUACCAUGGAUAGACAAAGUCAUGAGCUGAAACCCUUUCCCUCUUAUUUAUUCCCUGAAAUCGCCAGCCAACUUACCAAAGUCUAUUCACCACUGAGACUUCUCAAUCCACUCUUUGUGUAGAUAUAUUUAUACUUGUAUAGUUAUCCGUACUGUUAAAUAGUCAUAAUAAUGAUAUUAAGAAAAUUCAUAUUUUAUUUACGUGAAAGUAUCAAUAAACUAAUGGACCACAA